UAAUAUACUUUAUCAAUCUGUGAUUUUCAAAUUAUUAUAAAUUUACAUUGACAGAUUGUCAGGCUCCGAAAAUCAGCUGUUUUCUAUUUUUCAGUUACGAUAACAAAGCGAUAACUUAUUCUGUGAAAUGUAAUUGUUUGUUAUUUAUCAGUGUUUGUUACAUUUACAACGCUUACUUAGAUAAGGACAUAAAAAUGAAGCUAUUGCCUGUCUUUACUAGGAAACUAUCUCAUGUUUGUAACUUAAAACCUUACAAAGACACGAAAUGGUUGAUGCCCAAUGGUAAUCCCACUGGUGUUUAUAUAUAUAACUGUGUAGCAGACCAACGCGUACCUGUAAUAUUGAGUGAUCAGCACGUCGCUACGUGGUACUCUUGUGGUCCUACAGUUUACGAUUCAGCUCACAUUGGCCACGCAAGCUGCUAUGUUAAACUGGAUAUUGUGCAAAGAAUAUUGAAGUCAUUCUUCAAUAUAAAACUCAUCACAGCCAUGGGCAUAACUGACAUCGAUGAUAAAAUUAUUAAAAAAGGCAAGGAGACGAACACAGACUUUAGAACUGUGGCAAAACAGUAUGAACAUGAGUUCUGGGCUGAUAUGUCUAGCCUUAAUGUUGAGAAGCCUUUAAUAAUUACUAGAGUCUCAGAGCAUAUCACUUGCAUAGAGAGUUUCAUUAAGAAGCUGAUUGACUCCAAUAUGGCUUAUAUUGCUUCUGAUGGAUCUGUUUAUUUUGAUACAAGCAAAUAUCCUUCAUAUGGAAAACUGCAAAGAGCACAAGAAUCUGGAGAACCAAAUAGUGAUCAUAAAAGAAACAAUAUGGAUUUUGCAUUAUGGAAAGGUCACAAACCGGGUGAACCCAGUUGGGAUGUGUCAUGGGGAGAAGGAAGGCCAGGAUGGCAUAUAGAAUGUUCAGCAAUGGUUAGUAAGGUGUUUGGAUCACAAUUAGAUUUCCAUGCAGGGGGAAUUGAUCUUCAGUUCCCACAUCAUGAAAAUGAAGAAACUCAAUCCUGUGCAUUUCAUAAUAUGAGACAAUGGGCCAAUUACUGGAUCCAUGUUGGUCAUUUACAUGUCAAAGGGGAUGAAAAAAUGUCAAAAUCUCUUAAAAAUACUAUAUCUAUACCAACACUUUUGGAGUCAUACAGUGCUGAUACAUUCCGAAUGGCAUGUCUAAUUUCAAACUACAGAUAUCCAAUGGAAUAUAAUCUAGAACUAAUGAAAACAGCAGAGGAUGUCUUGAACAAAUUCAAGUUUUUCUUCAAAGAUGCUUAUAGAUAUGUUAACAUUAAUUCUGCUGAUCAUGCAGAUUAUGAUUAUAAGCUACUGGAUAAAUUACAAAAAGUUGAGGAAGCUAAUAUAGAAGCAUUGAAAACUGACUUUGAUACAGCAACCUGUGUUAGCAACUUGCAGACAUUAGUUUCAAGUGUAAAUAAAAUUUUGAAGUCUGACACAGGAGGCUAUUACCCUGUUCCUGUGCUGUUAACCGCUGAAUAUGUAACAAGAGUUCUGACCACAUUCGGUUUGAUAUUAGAAGAACCAGCAGAGAGUGUGGUAUCAAAUUCACUGAUCGAUACAUUAGUUGAGUUCCGACAUACAGUGAGAUUGAAUGCUCUCACAAAAAAAGACAAGGACUUGUUAACUGCCUGUGACAUUGUUAGAGAUAAGUUAAAAUCUCACAAAAUACAAGUGAAUGAUAGUAAUAAAGGCUCCUCAUGGGUUUCUAUUAAAUGAUAUUAUUUUUAUAGACAUUUUAUAUUAAAUAAUUUACUAUAAAAUAAAUAGUCUUGUUAGAUGUGACAUUCAUAUACAUAUUUUCCUUUGUGAAUGUGGCAAUACUAACAAAAAGUAAACUUUUUCCCUUUAAUCAGACCCCACGGAGAUGGAGAGGGUUGUCAUCAAUUUAUUUACAUAUAAAUGAAUUUAGCCACCCGAAGUAAACAAAAACUACUACACAUGUAUAUAUUAUUAUAUACCUAUAUACUUGUAUAUCUUACAAGUUGAAUCAGAUAUCAAAAACACUGAAUUAUUAUUGAAUUCAUGAAACUGUCAAUUCUACCUGGAUAAUUAUUCUUUUAUUACAGUAACUUUGUACCUAAGGAUAAUCAUGAGACUGAUGACUGUGCUAUUAGAAAGUUGCACAGAGAAACAUAUUCUGCAGAUACAAAGUUAUUUUAAAUUGCAAUAAUAUAUAAAUGAAUAUAUUGUAGCAAAUAAAAAUCCUUAUGUAUGGCAAGUAUACAAUUUAAUUAAGUUUAUUUUAUCAGUUACACAAAUAAAUUUUAUGACAAUUAUUAAAUAAAAAUAUAUUUUUUUUUGUUUUAUUUGAUAAUGAAGUUUGGGAAAACAGAUCGUAAACAAGGAAUAGCUUAGUUAAUGUCAGUCUUAUAAAAUUUCACAUAACAAGAGCUUUGUUCAAAUCAAAUUCUUAACUUAUUCAAGUGCACAAAUUUCCAAAAUGAUUAAGUACAAUAAUGUAUCAGGACAAUGACUUUUCUUGGAUAGAUUUGCAGCACACAAGUAAAUGUAAUACAAAGUAAAACAGGCACCUAGUAGGUAACCUUGGGGCAAGGUCUUAACUGUGGUGCAUUAGCCUGAAAAAUGUCUAGAAAAUGAGUUCUUUUUAUUAAUAAGAUGAAAAUGGAAUGGUAAAUCUGCCUGUACUACCAACAUAUACUGGUCCAAAAUUAAUUCACUAACAGUUAAUAAAUGAAUGAGUAUAUUUUAUUUGAAUUAUACAAUAUAGGG